GUUGCCCCCAUCGAGUAUAUAAGGAUGCCCAGAGAGAUGUUCUUCACCAGUACGUCCUCAGUAGCCUUUGGUGCAAAGGAUUUCUGAGUUUAAGCGAGCCCACCAUGAACGGAUUGGCUGUUAUUUGCCUUCUGGCUGUUGGAGUGAGCGCUGGUCCAGCGCCUCAGUUCCGUGGAUUAAUCGGACAAUCGGGAAUCGUCAGACCCGAUGGCAACAACAUCCAGUUCACUCAAGCUCAGGCUGACAACUUCCUUCUUGUUGGACCCUCUGGAAUUGUGACCAAGGACGGCAGGAACAUCCAGCUCACCGACGACCUCCAGUUUGUCCACAGGGCUAAACGCAGUGCAGGUUUCGUCAGUGCAAAGGGCAACAUCGGACAUUCUGGAAUUCUGAGAGCUGAUGGAACCACCGACCUCUUCAGUCACGACCAAGCUCACAACAUCCUGUUGAUUGGACCAUCAGGAAUCGUCACCAAGGAUGGCAGGAACAUGCAGUUGACUGAUGACCUGAGAAUCGCUCACAGGUCAAAGAGACACUUGAUCGGUGACUCUGGAAUGAUCACUUCUGACGGCAUCCCCAUCCAGUUCACAAGGCCCGGAGUCACCAUUCUUCUGGAAGGUCCCUCUGCUUACAUCAUGUCUGACGGUACCUUGGUGCAGAAGCGUGCCAAGAGGUCUCUUGAAAACUUCGGUCACACUAUUGGAGAAUCCGGAAUUAUCACCAACACUGGAAAACUGAUCCAACUUCCUGCUCAUGCCACGGUCGUCCAAGUUGGACCAUCUGGUGCUAUUCUUUCCAAUGGGCAAAACGUCCAGUUCUAAAUUGGGACUGUCUUAGAGUUUAUUCUCUCUUUCAUCUCGCUUGGUGGUGCAUUGAACAUACAGAUUUAUUCUCAUAUAGAACCCAAUGUAAAAAGAAAAAACUUUAAAUAAAGUAAUUUUAAAUUAA